CCAACAAGAGCUACAGCGAGUGAAGUAACUAAGGGAAGUGAGAGCGCGCCUGCACACUGCCUGUAUAUAUAGCAGCGUUCCCAGCUCUGAUAGGCGGAUACGUAAACGCUUAAUCUCAUUGGUGGAUUCUAAUUUUAAAUUUACCGCCUUUGGAACGGACCACCCACAGGUUUGGUCUUUGUUCUUUCCAUGCACUUAGUCACGCGGACAAUUUCUUAUACACAGUAUCAAGUGAUUCUUCUAUUUCUGGAUUACAUUCCCAUACUAUCUCAAGAAUCUUUACAAAGCAUUUAAUAUAUUUUACUUUAAGUUUUCUAUAUUUCUUUAUUUUCCCUAUACAAAAAAAUUAUGUAUUUUUUUUCGACAUCGAUGUUUUCAUGCAGAAAGGCUUAAGUUUAUCACUAAUUUCUAGGAAGGCCUUACUUUAACUUUUUUAAAUAUUGUAGUAAGAAAAUAAUUAGGAGGUAGCAAAAAGUGGUAUCGAUGGGACAUAAAAAAUGGAAAAGAGCGUAAUGGAAUUAAAGUGAAAAUUUCUACUCUCUUUUUCCGAUAAUAUUGUAACAAUGCUUUAAAUUUAGUCAGAAAAUGAGGACUAGGCGCUGUUUAAAGUCAUUGAAUUUUUGUGAAUUCGACUGAAGUUUACCGCGUUUCGUCUGCCAGACACCAUCCCCAACCCCCGUACUCCCCCCCAAGUCCCCCCGGCUCUGCCUUUCCCUCCCUUCAUCCCCUCCCGCCUCAGCGGCCGAGCUCUGACCGCGAUAGGUCAGGGCGAGAUUCGCUCGGCCAUUGGCUGCGCCCUCCCCGGGAGCGCCUCGGCCUAUCAGGAGGCGCGGGCCGCGCAAAGGGAAGGGAUAUAAGGGCGGGCCGCAGGGCGCGGGCGAGUCACCCGGAGAGGGCGGUUCGUGAGGCGUGUGUGUGCAGCGCGCAGGGAGCGAUCGGCGAUGUCUGGGCGCGGGAAGCAGGGCGGGAAGGCGCGGGCCAAGGCCAAGUCGCGCUCGUCGCGGGCCGGGCUGCAGUUCCCCGUGGGCCGCGUGCACCGGCUGCUGCGCAAGGGCAACUACGCGGAGCGGGUGGGCGCCGGCGCCCCGGUGUACCUGGCGGCCGUGCUGGAGUACCUGACGGCCGAGAUCCUGGAGCUGGCGGGCAACGCGGCCCGCGACAACAAGAAGACGCGCAUCAUCCCCCGCCACCUGCAGCUGGCCAUCCGCAACGACGAGGAGCUCAACAAGCUGCUGGGCAAGGUCACCAUCGCGCAGGGCGGGGUGCUGCCCAACAUCCAGGCCGUGCUGCUGCCCAAGAAGACCGAAAGCCACAAGGCGAAGAGCAAGUAAAGAGGCCCCGGAGACAGGCGCGGAGCAGACCAGUAAAACCCAAAGGCUCUUUCAGAGCCACCCCCAGCCUCGAGAAAGAGCUUGAGACGCUCCUGUUGAAGGGGUAGAGGAGGGAGUGGGGGUGCACUCGCCCUUCUGGCUGGAAGUGUGUGGGAUGCUUCCCCUGCACCCGGGUCCAGGCUCCACAUGGGAGAGCUCGGUUGCGGCCGAGCAGUACCGGCCGUUUCUCGUGGGCCCCGCACUUGCCUCCCGGAGCAGCGCUCUGAGCCCAGGCACCACCAGCUCCGGCGAGCCGGGCUCGAGUUGAGCCUCCCGGGGUGCGGGAGCAGCUGGAGCCUGUGGCUGCCCCCCGCGGGCUUUUCGAAGGGCGAGGGCGCUCAACCCACUCGCCGCCGGAGCCACGGCCCGGCCCUGCAGCUGCCGGACUCUGCCUGCUGAAGAGAGCCCAGCGCGCGUGGUCGCUGCGCUUUUUCUCUGCGGGCUGCAGAGUCAAUGGGAGGAAAGAGUCGGCUCCCCCGCGCCCUCAUGGUGCUUGGCAAGGCGGAUACCUCCCCCCGCCUUGGUCGCUAGAGCCAGGGGCUCGGUGCCCCUUCGCUCGCGGCUUUUCCGGGUGCGGCUACAGCCGUGGGAGAGGCGGAGCCUGCCCUCAACACAUUGCGGGCUUGCUCUUCGUAGCGGUGGGUGGGUGCCUCCUUCGGAAGAGCCACCGGCUCGUACAGCGCUCUCAGUUAAGAAGCGCCCCGGCUGAGUCUCCCUAAAGUCGCUACUAAAAAGCAAGGAGCAGCAAGGGAAGUGGGAAACGAAUCACGUAACACAGCACUGCAGAACGGCCUCAAGCACGGCGACAAACCGAUCCGGUGCUAGGCACCAAAACGUUGGUGGGGCGGAUGUUAAAAGAAUCAACAGAUUUUGUACGCGGCUAAGGUUUCACAACACGAAACAAAGACGACACAGCUCUUUCUGAAGACAAGGUGGGCGGCUCUGAAAAGAGCCUUUGGGGUGUGUCGAGAGGGUCCGAGAGCUGCCUGCGCGCUUUAGCCGCCGAAGCCGUAGAGGGUGCGCCCCUGGCGCUUGAGGGC